CGGCAUCUACCGCUUUUAUUUACAAGUUUGUUUUUGGUUAAAAUUCUUGUUGUUGGCAUAAAUUUUUAAGUUAAGCAAAAUGCAAGAGUGUCCUUACGCCGAGAAAUGUUAUCGCAAAAAUCCCAUACACUUCAAGGAAUACUCCCAUGCGCAUUUGGAUUGUAUUUACGCAAAAGGCAUUGCUGCUGGCAGCAAUGAGUACGAUAUACCAGCCAAGUAUUCCAAUGAGCUUAUUAAUCUACAGCUAAAACUUUUGGAGAAAUUGUUUCCCAAAGCAGACAAAGAAGAUGCUGCAAAAGCAACAAUAACAAGAACAACAACUGCUGCGAAUCCAGUGAGAAUGGAGCAACCAACAAGCACACAGUUGGCCAGCACUAGUCGAGCAGCCGGAGCCAGCAAGGACAACUCGAAUCUGGCCAAGAAACAAAAGCUCAACGAGCGCAACAUUCGCGAUUAUAUUCCCGUUGUCGUGGAAAAGGGACGCAUGGCCAAAAAACUGGAGCGUGCUGCGCCCUACAACAUGUUCCUCACAGCAAUCACAGACUCAAAGCCCACACACCAGGAACCUUUAAGCAUUACGCUGCAGGAGAUACUCGAUGAGAGUCUGGGAGAUAUUGAAUCGAGUGUGCAAAUCAAUUUUAUGAUUGAUAUUGGCUGGCUGCUGGGACAUUAUUACUUUGCGGGAAUACUAGAUAAACCACUGCUUGUGCUGUAUGGCGAUGAAUCACCCGAGUUACUGGGCAUUGGAAAGUUUAAGCCUCAGGUAACAGCUAUUAAGGUUAAUAUGCCAACACCGUUCGCCACAUCGCACACAAAGAUGAUGUUGCUUGGCUAUGCGGAUAACUCGAUGCGUGUUGUCAUCUCCACAGCCAAUUUGUACGAGGAUGAUUGGCACAAUCGCACUCAGGGAUUGUGGAUAAGUCCACGUCUGCCGGCAUUGCCCGAUGAUGCAGACACAGCAGCUGGUGAGAGCAGGACGGGAUUCAAACAAGAUCUUAUGCUUUAUCUCGUGGAGUACAAGAUAUCGCAGCUACAACCUUGGAUAGCACGCAUACGCAAAAGUGAUUUCAGUGCCGUCAACGUGUUCUUUGUAGGCUCCGUGCCUGGUGGUCAUCGGGAGAGCGCUGUGCGUGGCCAUCCCUGGGGAUGUGCUCGCCUCGGCUCACUGCUGGCCAAGCACGCUGCCCCCAUUGAUGAUCGCAUACCUGUCGUCUGUCAGAGCUCCAGCAUUGGCAGCCUGGGAGCCAAUGUGCAGGCCUGGAUACAGCAAGAUUUUGUCAACAAUUUACGCAAGGAUUCAUCGCCAGUGGGAAGACUGCGUCAGCUGCCAGCCUUUAAGAUGAUCUAUCCCAGCUUUGGCAAUGUGUCGCGCAGUCACGAUGGCAUGUUGGGAGGGGGAUGUCUGCCCUAUGGCAAGAACACCAACGAUAAGCAACCUUGGCUUAAAAAUCAUCUGCAACAAUGGAAGUCAGGAGAUCGGCAUCGUUCCCAGGCUAUGCCACAUAUUAAAAGCUAUACCCGUUUUAAUCUGGAGGAACAGUGCGUCUAUUGGUUUGUCUUGACCUCGGCGAAUUUAUCAAAAGCUGCCUGGGGAUCGUUUAACAAGAACUCUAAUAUACAGCCAUGUCUUCGUAUUGCCAACUACGAGGCAGGAGUUCUCUUCCUACCUAGAUUUGUGACUGGUGAGGAGACAUUUCCUUUGGGUAAUGCGCGAGAUGGUGUACCAGCUUUUCCCUUGCCCUACGAUGUGCCAUUAACUCCGUAUGGACCAGAUGAUACACCCUUCCUAAUGGAUUAUCUGCAGGGUUAAGAAGCUGUUCCUUUAUUGUGAUGAUUAAAUAAAUAAAUAAAUACAUAUGUAUACUCUAAGUAAA